AUGGAGCUUCGCCAUCUUCAUAUUUUCUCCCGCAAGCAUCCAUCUUCUUCGAAACUCAAAACCCUAACCCUAAUCCAAACCGUCGUCUUCUCCCAGCUCUGCCGCGUCGUGGGAGCCGUCGCCGGAGCCAAGUCCAUUCUCCUCCACAUCCUCCGAGCUCUCCAAAUGCACCUCGUACGACAACUCCCAAUGAUCGCUAAGAAAAGCAACGACAGAAAGAGGAAGUUGUUUCUCGGCUCCUUCCGGCUCCACUACAACUGGUGCUCCUCUCACGUUGCGCCGACGGCGGCGGCGGCUCCUCCGCUCGGCGGCGACUCGAUCGGCUCCGCGGCGGCUCGCGAUGAAUCCGGCGGGCUCUCGGGGUACCUUGACUGGCUGGAAGAGAAGGGGGAUUGUGAGGAUGAGGAGAGCGGCGAUAUUGACCGGAUCGCUGAUAUGUUCAUCGCCGAUUGCCAUGAGAGGUUCAGAUUGGAGAAAGUUGAGUCUGAUCGGAGGUUUCAAGAGAUGUUGGCUAGGAGUGUGUGA